AUCGCAUAUAAAAAAAACAAAGUAUAGAAAAUGAAAUUGAAUAUUGGCCGUCGAUUUCUGACAAAGUACAGUAAAGUGAUACGACACAGAAAACACACAGGCGAUUCCUCUACAGACAGCACCCCCUUCCCCACACACGCUCAUUUCCUCUCUCUCCUCACUCAACCACUGCCAAAGCUGUAGUAGCAAUUGCAACCCCUUCACCCGCCUAUUUUGUUUGGGUUUUUUCUCAAAUAGCGUGGGCACUUGGCUCUUUGGAUUGGAGCUUUGUAGUUCAAGAAACAUAAAGGCUUCGCCAAAUGGGUUUAUUUCUUCUUGCUCUUUUCCUCAUGGCCAUUUCUGCUUCUUGCGCUGAUGAAGAAGCUGCUUUCAUUGGAGUAAACAUAGGCACUUCCCUCUCGGACAUGCCAGAUCCGACCCAAGUGGUGGCCCUUUUAAAGUCUCAGCAAAUCCGGCAUGUAAGGCUUUUUGAUGCUGACAGAGCAAUGCUACUAGCUCUUGCUAAUACUGGUAUACAUGUCACCGUAUCCGUGCCUAAUGAUCAACUGUUAGGCAUUGGGCAGUCUAAUUCCACUGCAACUAAUUGGAUUUCUCGCAAUGUUCUUGCUUAUGUCCCUGCCACAAAUAUAACUGCGAUAGCAGUUGGCUCGGAAGUUCUAACCACGCUUCCAAAUGCUGCUCCAGUUCUUGUCUCUGCUAUGAGUUUUAUUCACUCUGCCCUCGUGGCUUCUAAUCUUGGCUCUCACAUAAAAGUUUCCACUCCACACUCGUCUUCCAUAAUCCUUGACCCGUUUCCGCCCUCUCAAGCAUUCUUCAAUCGCUCUUGGGAACCUGUCAUGGUGCCGUUGCUCAAGUUUUUGCAAUCUACAGACUCUUACCUUAUGCUAAACGUUUAUCCAUAUUAUGAUUACAUGAAAGCUAGUGGUGCCAUUUCGUUGGACUAUGCUCUUUUCCGACCUCUUCUUCCAACCAAGGAAGCUACUGAUCUCAAUACGCUCCUCCACUACACCAAUGUAUUUGAUGCUGUAGUUGAUGCAGCGUACUUUGCAACAUCGUAUCUGAACUUCACUAAUAUCCCCAUCGUGGUGACAGAGUCAGGUUGGCCUUCCAAGGGUGACUCAUCAGAGCCGGAUGCCACCCUAGACAACGCCAACACAUACAACAGUAACCUCAUAAGGCACAUUCUCAACAACACGGGGACCCCAAAACACCCUGGAAUCGCUGUUAGUACAUUUAUUUACGAACUAUACAAUGAAGAUCUUAGGCCAGGACCCGUUUCGGAGAAGAACUGGGGGCUCUUUGAUGGCAAUGGGGUGCCGGUUUAUAUACUGCGCCUGACUGGCUCAGGGACAGUGUUGGCAAACGAUACUACUAAUCAGACUUAUUGUGUUGCAAGGGAAGGCGCUGACAAGAAGAUGUUACAGGCAGCAUUAGAUUGGGCGUGUGGACCAGGGAAAGUAGAUUGCUCUCCUUUAUUGCAGGGGCAGCCAUGCUAUGAACCUGAUACUGUUGCUAGCCAUGCUUCGUAUGCUUUUGAUGCAUACUAUCACCGUAUGGCAAUGGGUGAGGGGACCUGUAACUUUAAUGGUGUUGCUAUGAUCACCACAACAGACCCAAGUCAUGCUUCUUGCAUUUUUUCUGGAAGUGCUGGAAGAAAUGGCACCAUCACAAAUACAACAGCUGUCGCUCCAUCAACCAAUUCUACGGUUUCUGGUGGUCAUUCGCGCUCUCUGUGCAGAAAAGAUUUUUACGGGCACUCUCUAGUACUACUACUUGGUUUCGUGUUAUGGACUGCUGCAUGUUUGUAAUGAUAUAUAUCCACAUUCAUGUCUCCGACUAAGUCGUGCUUGAAACCCUAACACAAGUCCAGCACACCCAAUUUUGUUCUCUCCAGAAGAGUUAGGGGUGAGAAUUUCCUUGUGUAACAUAGCUGGGAGUUGUAGAAAAGUAUUGAUUCAUUCAUUUGUGUAACAAAACAUCAAUUUCUCAAUGAUUCAUGAUUUGUGCC